CUCCCUUUUAUUAUCCUGCAUACAAAUCGCCAGUGAAAACCACACACAGGGAAAGAAACGCAUUUUUUGCUACAUGGUUACAGUCAGAUGCUUUUUUGGAUAUUUAUUUUUUCAUUGGAAAAGUAUUGAUUUGGUUCAGAAGGACUUAAAUGUAAGUAUGGUAAACGUAUUGCUUGUGGAUCGUCUUUCGUAACAAGGCUCGUCUGGAGUAUUAUUCAGCUAUCUGUACAUUGGCCAUAUGUUAAGUCAUUUUGAAGAUAAACGGUCUUAUUGAUGGAAAACAUCUAACUUUGCUAAUCAAAUUCACAACCGUUUUUCGUUAUGAGAAUAUGCAACAGAGUAUGUGUACAUAAACAGAACAAGUUGAAGAUUUUUUCAAGCAAAUCUGAAGACCUUGGCACAAAAUUCCAUGCGAUUAAUAUAUUUAUAUACAACUUACACAGUUGGACCGAUUGUUCAAAAUGGAAGCAUUCUACUGUAAUAGUUAUGAGCUAUGCUUUAUUUGAACAUAUUGUUUGAUAAACUGCAGAUAUCAAAUUGAUCAAAUUGAAAGACCUGAUUAUAUUAAUUAUUAGAUAACAACGUAAUGUCUAUACAUGCAGCUACAUGGAAUACACUAAUAAAAGUGUUAACUUAUUAAACUUAGCAAAAAUGGGUUUAUAAACUUCUUUACCGUGGACUGUAUGCAACAGUACCGCAGUGUUGUAUAACUACCGUGGUCUCAUCUUCAAAGUUACUUCUGAAUAUUAUGAACAGACUGCUGCUAAAUAUUACCUUGGAUAAAAUGGGUUUAAUAAAUCUUGUUAAAUGUUAAGUCUAUUGCGAGUGAUUACACAGUCGGCACAAUGUCCGUACACGUUCUACUAUUGGAUGUUAACCGUAUAAAAAUAUAUACAAUCCAAAGCUUUGUAACCUAGACUAAAGAGUAGUGUGUUGCUUAUUUAAAAUGAGACGUGACAAUUUUUCGAAAAUAGACAACAUUUUGCGGCAGUUUUUAAAAUUAAACUCCUGGAGAAAGGACUUAUGAAUGUGAUCUAUGUCAGAUUUAUUCAAUCUGAUCAUCCCCAAAUACAAGGAUACAUGUGCCAUUGGUUUCAGAAUGGAAAAUAAAAAAGCAACCCGUAUAUUUGCUUAGAUUUUCUUUUUAAAUAAAGUAGUACGCUGAAACUGUUUCAAAAAAUGGAAUUAUCUGAAGUUAAAUGCUCAAGUGCAAAUGACGAGCUGUAUACCAUUAACAAAACCUCGAUCAGUAACAGCAGCACAAGACCCAAAAGACUUCUUUGGCAAAAUGCUGUCAGGCACAUUACAGAGCAAAGAUUUAUACACGAACAAAGCAGCACCAAAACCACAACUUCGGACGACUCCUACAGCCAAAGCAUUAGAAAGCAGUCUGCAAGCAAAACAUCAAUAGGGGACAGGCAUAACAAUGGUGGGACCAAGGUGUUCCCGGAAAGGGCAAGUAGUGAUUUGGGCUUCCUGCAACUAGACUGUGCCCCGAGUAACUCGGACUUCUUCCUUAACUGGGGAUACACCUACAGAGGAGUCAUCUUCCCAACGUUGAGAAACUCUUUUAAAUCCAGGGACCUAGAGAGGCUCUACCAGCGUUAUUUCUUGGGACAGAGACGUAAAUCAGUGGUAGUCAUGAACAUCCUGGAUGUGCUUACCAAGCUCACCCUACUGGUUCUUCACCUUACCUUGGCUUCUGCCCCAAUGGACCCAAUAAAAGGGAUGUUACUGGGCUUCUUCACAUGCAUUGAGGUGCUGAUAUGUGCCUUAGUGGUGUUUAGGAAAGACACGACCUCUCACAGCUACUUGCAAUACAGCGGUGUGGUGACUUGGGGGACUAUGGCCACUCAAAUUUUGGCAUCAAGACUUGGGUAUGGCCUCCUUGGGGAUGGUAUCGGUUACGUGCUCUUCACUCUCUUUGCCACUUACAGUAUGCUUCCAUUGCCACUGACGUGGGCUAUACUAGCUGGAUUGGUGACCUCUAUUCUUCAUAUUGUGGUGCAACUGUUUACCCCCCAAAACGCAAUGAUUUUUACAAACCAGCUGGUUGCCCAGAUGGUACUGUUCAUGUGUAUGAAUACAGCUGGAAUGUUCAUCAGCUACCUGUCGGACAGAGCACAGCGGCAAGCUUUUCUUGAGACCAGGAGGUGUAUAGAGGCACGACUGAGACUGGAGACUGAAAAUCAGAGACAGGAGAGGCUGGUUCUAUCUGUAUUACCUCGGUUUGUAGUUCUGGAGAUGAUAAAUGACAUGACUAAUGUGGAAGAUGAGCAUCUGCAGCACCAGUUUCACAAAAUCUACAUUCACCGCUAUGAAAAUGUCAGCAUUCUUUUUGCAGAUGUGAAAGGGUUCACCAACCUCUCCACCACCCUGUCUGCGCAAGAGCUGGUCAGGAUGUUAAAUGAACUGUUUGCAAGAUUUGAUCGACUUGCACACGAACAUCAUUGCUUAAGAAUAAAGAUCCUUGGCGAUUGCUACUACUGCGUGUCUGGACUGCCUGAGCCUCGACAGGAUCAUGCUCACUGCUGUACUCUGGCUGCCCUCACAAGAAAUUCAAUAAAUCUGCUUCCAAACCAUCUUGCACAAGCUUUGCAUGUCCAGUCUGGUCCUGAGGAAAUUAACAAGCGCAUAGAGCAUGCCAUCGACUUACGGAGUGGCGAUAAAUUGAGAAGAGAGCAUAUCAAGCCUUUCUCACUGAUGUUUAAAGACUCCAGCCUGGAAGAGAAGUAUUCUCAGAUGAGGGAUGAAGUAUUCAAGUCAAACCUGGUCUGUGCUUAUAUAGUUCUCAUAUUCAUCACGGCUAUCCAGAGUUUACUUCCUUCAUCAAGGAUGAUAACAAUGGUGAUACAGUUUUCUAUUCUCAUCAUACUGCAUUCUGCCCUUGUGCUAAUAACCACCGCAGAGGAUUACAAAUGUUUGCCAUUGGUGCUCCGCAAAACCUGCUGCUGGAUUAAUGAGACCUACUUAGCGAGGAAUGUCAUCAUCUUCGCAUCCAUUCUCAUAAAUUUCCUUGGAGCUGUGAUAAAUAUUCUAUGGUGUGAUUUUGACAAAUCACCCACCUUUAGAAACCAGACUUUCAAUGCAUCUGCUUCAAUUCCAGAUAUCUGCUUCUACCCAGAGUACUUUGUCUUCACUGGUAUCCUGGCUAUGGUGACCUGUGCUGUGUUUCUUCGCCUCAACUCAGUCCUGAAGCUGGCAGUACUGCUUACUAUGAUAACCAUCUAUUCACUGCUGACCGAGACUAUUUACACCUCGCUCUUUGUGCGCUAUGACAAUUUCCACCACAAUGCAGACAAAGACUUUCUGGGUACCAAGGAGACAUCCCUGCUGUUGAUGGGAAUGUUUCUGUUAGCAGUGUUUUAUCAUGGCCAACAGCUGGAAUACACAGCCCGUCUAGACUUCCUUUGGCGUGUGCAGGCCAAAGAGGAAAUCAAUGAAAUGAAGGAGCUACGAGAACAUAACGAGAACAUGCUCCGGAACAUUCUACCCAGUCAUGUUGCUCGGCACUUCCUGGAGAAGGAUAGAGACAAUGAGGAACUGUACUCUCAGUCAUACGAUGCGGUUGGAGUGAUGUUUGCAUCAAUCCCAGGAUUUGCUGACUUUUACUCCCAAACUGAGAUGAAUAACCAAGGAGUGGAAUGUUUACGUCUUCUCAAUGAAAUCAUCGCUGACUUUGAUGAGUUACUUGGUGAGGAACGAUUUCAAGAUAUUGAAAAAAUUAAAACUAUCGGAAGCACCUACAUGGCUGUGUCAGGACUGUCACCUGAAAAGCAGCAAUGUGAAGAUAAAUGGGGCCAUCUUUGUGCUUUGGCAGACUUUACCAUAGCCCUUAAUGAAAGUAUACAAGAGAUAAACAAGCAUUCCUUUAAUAACUUUGAACUGCGGAUAGGCAUUGCCCAUGGAUCUGUAGUGGCUGGAGUAAUAGGUGCUAAGAAGCCCCAGUAUGAUAUCUGGGGCAAGACAGUAAACUUGGCCAGUCGAAUGGACAGCACAGGCAUCAGUGGCAAAAUACAAGUGCCUGAAGAAACUUACCUAAUCCUUAAGGAGCGUGGCUUUGCCUUUGAGUACCGGGGGGAUAUCUACGUUAAAGGUAUAAGCGAACAAGAAGGAAAACUCAAGACCUACUUUCUACUGGGAAGAGUUCAGCCAAACCCACUAAUUAUGCAGCCCAGAAAAAUGACCGGCCAAUAUUCCUUAGCAGCCGUCGUACUAGGGCUUGUGCAGUCUCUUAACAGGCAAAAACAGAAGCAGAUCCUUAAUGAGAACAACAAUUCCGGUAUCAUGAAGGGACACUAUAACAGGAGGACAUUGCUAACAUCUGGAGGACCUGAAACUGUCACCCAAGCUGAAGCUGCUGACAAAACUGAAUCGCCAUAAUUAUAUUAUUUAUUUGUGUUGAUGUCUUUUUGUAUUUCUUUUAUAUAUAAAACAAUAAAAAGGAGGUUAGUUUUUUUUAUAACUGGUUUCAGCCUACUGUCGUUUAGAAGUUUGUCUCAUUUUUUUAAGUGAACUGGGGAGGCACUUUUACAAUGAAUACCUUUGCUGUUGGGGCUUACCUCAUUCUUACUGAGCAAACUUAAACUAGUUACAAUUUAAGAAUGAGUUUCUAAAAUGGUGGUAAAAAAAUUGGUCAGAUGAGAUAAGGCUUGCAUCAUACACAGAAUAUACUAUUAAAACAUCAAUCAAAAGGGUUGCUAUAAAAGGUUUAGUCAUUGUGUUUCUAGCAACAAAAGACAGGUAUGGUUUCCAAAGCGCACCAAGUCCCUUCCUGAUUCUGCAAAAAGCAUUCAGUCCACUGAGUGGUGUUCUUUCGAAUGGGGGAGCUUGAGAGCUGCUGGAGGAUUUUAUAUUAUCAAUCAAUGAAAGUAAAAUGGACAGGAAGAAACCCUGUGACUCAAGUAACUGGUGGAAGAAUAGAGAGAGAUGUGUGAAAUGCAAGCAGCACAAUAAUAGCAGAUUGCCUGGCUCACUUGAUAUUAAUAGGGAGUUGAAUGUUUAAAACCAUUGUGAAGUUAAAUCUGAGGACUUAAAGUCACUUCAUAAAACACAAAUAAUAAUUUCUACAUUUAAUAAAGACAUAUUAAGUUAUUUUUAGUAGAUAUAAGUUGUGCUAGGUACUACUUCAAGAGAGCAGCAUUAGUUUUCUGCGUUCUUAACAUCAGCUAUACUGUAGUUGGAGGCUAAACUUAUGGAUGUUACUUACUGUAGUAUUGCGACAGUAUGUUUGUUACUGUAGAAAAGUGUACAACUAUCUUUAUUGACAGCAUAACUCAAGUGCCCAGACAUUUUUCAGCACCUGACCUCAACCUGGUUGAUAGCAUGAGUAGGGGGAGCAAGGAAAAAAGAAUGGUUGUCAUGACAGCAUACAUUUUAAAACAACAGCCACAAUAGUAAAUGUAAAAGAAAAACAAGAAAAAGUUCAUUUUACAGCACUUUAUUUAUAGCACUUCCUUUUUAAAGUUUUUUUUUUAAUCACUUUUAUUGCACUUUUAAUACUGACAAAAAUAUGUUCACUUGAUGUAUAUACCAUAUUGAACACUCCAUAUCCAUAUACUGUAUAUAUGUUUCAUAUAUUAUAUAAUUUAAUAAUUUUUUUAACGACAUACGACAAGUCCUCAGUCUUGGAAUUGGUGCGUAGUUGCAAAAGUCACCAAGUCCUGGACUGAGGAUGUUUUGUGAAACCAAUACAUUUUAGCUGCUUAUAUUU